UGUCUGUGCUGAUGGCUUUAGUGGAGAUGCUUGCACAACAACUGAUUGUGGCACCAUUGUUUGCCAGAAUGGUGGAGCAUGCAUAAGCUCUGGACAAUGUGAAUGUGUUACUGGUUUUACCGGUACUAUGUGCGAGACUAAUAUCAACGAUUGUCUUCCCAAUCCUUGUAUGAAUGGAGGAAGUUGUACUGAUGGGAUUGACUCGUUCACUUGUUCCUGUGUUGCUAGCUAUACCGGGAGUAUGUGUCAAACAGAUGUUAAUGAGUGUGAGCUUAGUUCGAGUCUCUGUAGUAAUGGAAGAUGUGUCAACUUGGAUGGAUCAUACACGUGUGUCUGCAAUGCUGGAUUCAUGUUAGUCAAUGCAAAUUCUUGCAAUGCUCUCCCAAGCAGUCUGUCCACUAGUCAAGUGACUGUGAAGAUCACAGGACAAAGUCUGAAUGGUCAAAUCCUGACGUAUACAUCAGAAUUAACAAAUAGGACAUCGACCAAAUUCAUGGAAUAUGAAGUUGCAUUCUGUUACAUUUUCAGCCAAUACGUAAGGGAACAGUUAGGUUCUCAACUUGUUGAUGCUAAUUGCAUAGUGCUGUCAUUCAGCCAAGGUAGCGUAGUCAGUGACGUGCAAGUGGAACUUGCUGCUGAGAGCCAAAGUGUAGCAGAUGGGCUUGCUGUGAGUUUAUCUGCCUUAUCUACCAACAUUGAUCAAAACUUAUCAGCUAAUGGUCAAACUCUGGUAGCAUCUAUAUCGGCAGAAGUUCAGUGCGAUCAAACGAACUGCCAGAACGGUGGGACAUGUACUUCUGCUGGACAGCCUUGUAAUUGCCCAGCUGGUUUUACAGGAGACCUUUGCCAGAAUGCUCCUCAAGGAUUGUCGAAUGGAGCCAUCAUUGGUAUUGCUCUCGGAGUUUUUGGUUUUGUUCUCGUCCUCAUAACCUGUGUCUGCUGCGUUUUCGUACAAGGUGUCAGACGAAAUCAAGCAACAAAACUGAUGCUCGCUGAAGAACGGUAUGUCGAUUCGAGCAGACAAAAUAGAGGCUUCUACGGAAACGAAUCUUUCAAUGGUUCUGAGGAGUAUGAUUCUCUUGAAGGACGCCGGUAUGCAGUUGGUCAAGCUUUGGAUCGACUGCGCGGAACUGAUGCACAGCAUCAUGGAGAUCGCAAUUUCAAGACUCCCUAUGUGGUAGAUGGGAGUGAAACGUACAACGGUGUGGAGCGAAAUCCAAUGCAUUAUUGAUCACCAAGAAACUUACCUUCGGACAAAGAACGAAUAUGACAACAGAAAAGAAUUUAGUGAAUUAGUUACGUCUUAUGGAUAGAUGGGUUCUCUUCUGGAUAGGCUAAAUAUCAAAGUGUAUACAAUCAUAUUAUUAGAUUAAGUAAGGGCUUACUUGCAUUUGAUAGAUUGACUGAUUUAAUUGAUGAAAUCAUUCCAAGUCUCUGUUACAAACAACCAUACUAUUUUAUCAAUUAACGGCUUACUUGCAUUUGACCGAUUGGCUGAUUGAACUGAUGUAAUCAUGUUAAACUCACAUCAUUUUAAAAAGACUGCUUUUCAGCAAGUCUGUGUUACAAACAUAAAACUGAUGUUAUACAGAUCAAAUUGGAUAUAAGUACAUGAAUGAUUUCAAUGUAAUUUACUGUAUCUGUGAAUAUAUAAGGGCUUCAUUGUUAAUCUAGAAAUGGUUUGAUAUCAUAUCUUUAUUGAUCAAGUAAUUUAUAUUCAUGUUACAACAAAUUAUAAAAAUGUGGUAAAAAAUGAUUUCACCCAAACUGUUAUCUAAAGAGCCAAUUCCUAUCACAUGCUUUUAACGUGUACCAAUUGUAAGUCUUUAAAUAGUACGAAUUUUCUAUAGUUUUAUUUCAAUUGCUUAUGGUAGCGGGAGUAUAACACCUCCUCUCUCUCUUUCUCUCUCUCUCUCUCUCUAUAUAUAUAUAUUAGAUGACUACACUUUUUUAGCAUUCUGACUUUGUAUGAAUAGAUUUAAAUGCAUAUGAUGUAGAAAGGAGAGCGUUCAAGUAAACAUAAUGGUGUGAACAUAUGGGAUGAAUCCAUGGCGCUAAAACAAUACAAACAGUAAUUUUGAAUCUUUCUUUUAUGAAUAUAAAUAACAUUUUUUACCUCUUGCACUUUUACCUGUCACAUUUUUGCCAGGCACCAAAGUAACGCCCUGGAUAGGCUAAAUAUCAAAGUGUAUACAAUCAUACUAUUGAUGUAUUCAUGAUGUUCACUAUUGAUGUAAUCAUGCUAAGUCUCUAUUACAAACGAUCAUACUAUUAUAUUAAUUAAGGGUUACUUACAUUACUCUUAAAGUACUACAUAUCAGCAAGUCUUUGUUAAAAACAUAAGACUAAUGAUAUAGAAAUAUUUGAAGAUAAGUAUAACAAUUAAUUGAAUACGAUUUUCUGUAUCUGUGAGUGUAUAAGGGCUGCAUUGUUGAUCAGGACGGGUUUGAUAUCAUAUCUGUAUUGAUCAAGUAAUUUAUGUUUAUCUCAUGCUUUUAAUGCGGAUCAAUUUUAAGACUUUAAAUAGUACAAAUUUUCUAUAGUUUUAUUUCAAAUGCUUAUGUUAGCGGGGAGUAUACCAUCCCCCUCUUUCUCUCUCUUUCUAUGUAUACAGUAGAUAAAUACUCCUUUUAAUUGAAAUGAUUUUGUAUGAAUAGAUUUAAUUGCAUAUUAUGUAGAAAAGGGCUUUCAAGUACCCAGAAUAAUGUGAUCAUGUGAUUACCUGUCACAUUUUUGCCAGGCACCAAAGCAACGCACUGGAUAGGCUAAAUAUCAAAGUGUAUACAAUCAUACUAUUAUAUUAAUUAAGGGCUUAUGGUAUUUGCAUUUAACCAAUUAUUUUAUGUACCCAGAAUAAUGUGAUCAUAUAUGAUAAAUACACAGCACUAAAACGAUACAAACAGUAACUUAGAAUAUUUCCUUUAUAAAUAUAAAACAAUGUUUUUCACCUCUUGCACUUGUACUUGUGACAUUUGUGUCAGGUACCAAAGUAACCCCUCCCCCCACCACCACCAGGAAUAUUUUUAAUCCCACUUGCUUGACUUGCAAUUACAGGAUUGUGUAACAAGGACUUGUUUGUUCAAUUAAUUACUAAAAGGUUAUGCUGAUUAUAUGAAGAUUAAGGGAAGUGUAACCAAAACUUUCACGUAGGUCCUUUAUCUUGUUUAGGAACAUGUCGCUGCAAUAAUGAUGUAGAAAUGAAUAGGGUUGGAAAUAAAAGAAGACAUGAAUGUAUGUAUGAUAAAUUAAAACAAAGCAGGCUUUCAAUGGAUGUGUCAUAUGUAGCACAAUGACAAGUAAAUUUAUAAACGCACACAAGCUUUCUUUUGUCUCAUUGUCAUUUGAAAAUAUGAAUUAUUAUUUUCUAAACAUGUAACAUAUAUUUUCUUUAAUUUCUAUAUUCAUGUUCCUCCAAAGCAAUUCAUUAUACAGUACUAGGGUUACCCCUUAUAAGUCUUUCAUGUUUCAAGGUUGUAUGUUUCUAUAUAUAUUUUAGUUCGUAUGAUAUAUUUUUGUAUUGAUAUAUAUUUUUCAUUAGAGAUCACUAGUAAUUGAAAUAAAUGUUCCAAUAGGGAAGACUGCUGAAUA